ACAACGUCACGCGCUCAUCAAACCAAAUAUCGUGAAGUGGCAUGCACAAAAACAUGUCCAAUUUGACCACAUUGUCUGCAGCUCAAGAACGCACACGGGAAUGGCUCGCCUCGCAGGAGGAUGAACUAGAAUCUUUAGCUGAGUCAUCGGUAGUGGAUAGCUUGGACGAUUACAAAUACAGCGAGCAUACGUUUACCGAACAGGAGGACGACGAUGAUGAUGAUGAUGACGAUGUCACUGGCGAAGAGGUCAGCACCAUUGCGCUGGGCACGCGAGAAGGCACGAGCAAAGGCGGCAUCAUCGGCGACACACUGCGCGAUCUGCUCAACUCGAUCAAUAGCAUCCAAACAGUGGGCAAUGUGAACAUUAGCAACUCGACCAACGUUCACAUCGGCAAUGUGACCAACAUCAAUGGCAACAUACAGAUCAUCGCUGAGCAUAUGAAACAUCCGCGCAACAAACGCCGGCAGCGACGCAAAGCAUCGAUCGUCGAAGUGUCCGAAGCAAACGAACAAGACCAUGUUGAAGGAGAGGAACUGGACGAGUCUGAGGAGCGCGUCAGUGCGGAUAUGUUUAUUAAUAGUCACAAGUUCAAACUACCACAAGAGCUGUGUUGCAUCAUGCCGCGCCACUCCUGGCUAGCCCAAAAGCCCAUGGAACCGCCCGUCCAGCUGCAACGGCCAGUCAAAUACGUGGUUAUAUCACACACUGCCACAGAGAGCUCAGAGAAGCGUGCGAUCAAUGUGCGCCUCAUACGUGACAUUCAGUGCUUCCACAUCGAGAGUCGCGGCUGGAACGACAUCGCAUACAAUUUUCUCAUCGGCUGCGAUGGCAACAUAUACGAGGGGCGCGGUUGGGAGGCAGUGGGCGCCCACACCUUGGGCUACAAUAAGAUGGCGCUGGGCAUCAGUUUCAUUGGGUGCUUCAUGCGCGAGCUGCCCACACCGCACGCCCUGACCAUGUGUCACAAUCUGUUGGCGCGCGGCGUUGAGGAUGGCCACAUAGCCAAAGACUAUCGCCUGAUCUGUCACUGCCAGUGCAAUUCGACGGAGAGUCCGGGCCGUCGACUCUUCGAGGAGAUACAAACCUGGCCGCAUUUCUACAAUCUGGCCCAGGAGGGACAGUAGUAGCGUAUUACAUGACUAGAUUCGGAAUCGAAACCGAGAUUCGAUAUAUGUAUUUAUACAGUUUUUGGUGAUUGUCUUGGACAAAUAUUUUUAAGUAUUUAAACUGUUUGUCCGCUUCCUGCACUUUUUUCCUGUUUUGUUAACUAUUUGAUUUAUGUUUUUGUGCAAUUAUUGUGAAAGAAUACACGACUAAAAUAUACGUUUCUUUCAAUAUAUUAGAUUAUUCGACA